GCUUCGCCUUCGCCGCCGCUUAAAACCAAACCAUGGAUACUACCGCCGCCGCGGCGGGAGCCUCCCCAGCGGUGCCGCCCGGGGUGUUGUCCGCCGCUGAGGAUACGCUGGCGGCCACCGAGUGCGUGGGCGACCACCUCGCCGACCUGCUCGCUGCGGCGGCCGAGGACCCCGACGCCAUCGCCGAGCUGCCGCCUCUGCAACGGGCACGCGCUUUCCUCGCCGUAGCUCAUGCCGCAACUUCCCUCUUCUCAGUGCGGCUGAGGUGUUCGGGGAUUAAUCCGGACGAGCACCCUAUCAGGAAGGAGUUCGAGAGGCUAACUCUGUGGCAGGAGAAGUUAAAUCGAUUAGAGGAUUGGGACAAGGCACCACUGCGCCCUAGCACCACCGUGAAUACACAAGCAGCAGCAAGGUUCAUUGGCCGUUCUUUGUCCCAUUUGACAGCAGAUCAGAAGAAGAGCAUGCAUGCAAUUAGUAAAGGGGAAGGGGUGGGCUGGUCUGGGAAGAAGAGAAAGUCACAGCCAUUACCAGAGAGAAAAUCUGUUCGUGCUGCUGCAGAAGAGUUCCUUGCGAAGGCUUCUCAGGAGCUUAUUGGGUAUAAUGGUAGCGGGCUGAAGGGCCCUGUUAGACUUGUUCCUGAUGAAGAUGAGGAGUAGAUUGGCAUGGUUGUCUUGUGCAGCUGUCAGAUGAACUGGUAGCUUGGUAGCUGACGUGCCUACUACACCGGAUGUGCAAAGUGAAGUGAAACUUCUGGAUGAUGAAGACCGUUUCGCUCCCAGUGUGCACCAGUGUACAUGGCAAGAGGGAAUGAGGGCUUCAAGAGAAUUGUUCAAGCUUUUGCUUUAGAAGCAAAAAUGGCCUCAAUCCUUCAAUGCUGUCAAUCUGACAAUCUGUGUCAAGUUUUCUUUUACUAUAUUUUGUUAAAAGGACCUGAAUAAUUAUGUAGUUUGUGCUGGAUAAUAUCCCUGGUUUGUUGGUCCUAGAUAUAUCUUCGAUAAGUCCUUGAUCGGAUAUGUUCUUGAAGUUUUGGCACCUGUGACAUUGUGGGAUUAUGAUGGAUGAAACCUUGUUUGCAGGCUUGCCUUUUGACA